CUCGUGGCCGCCUGUAGGUCAUGGAAAAUGCGCGAUCAGAGUCUGCGCAACUCAGCGUUCUUCUCGUCGUCUGUGCGAAGUUUAUGAAGCUGCACUGCAAGAGGAGAAAAAAAAACAUUCGUCACUCUAUUGGCUGACAGUGCCAGGGGUGGUGCCCUCUCAGGUAUAGGUGGUUAUCUCUUGGGCGUGUAAACAGGACAGGCCAAGGGCUGUUAGGAGUGCAACAUGAAUUUUAAAUUCACCUAUAGCGAAAUAGAGGAACUUGGGGGCAACUUGCCCAUGAAGAAAAGGAAGUCACGCUUCACCUUCGAUGAAGUCCAUCUGCUGCUGACUGAAGUCAAAAGAAACAGGCACAUCCUCGUAAGCAAGUUCAACCAAGGCGCCUCGUCAGACCUGAGGAAGCGGACAUGGGCGGACAUCGCGAUUCACAUCAACAAAAUUAGCGAGUGCCAACGGGAGGUCAUGGAGAUCGUCAAGAAGUGGGCGGACCUAAAGUGCGAUGCCAAGCGUAGGAUGGUUGCCAUGCGAGGGCCUAACGGUGUCCGUAUCUCCCAGAACCUGUCACCGGUGGAGAAAAUGGUGCACGAGAUACUAUCCAUGUCCCCUCCGAACAAGGCCACCAUGGGCAGUAUGAAUGAUGAAACUGAGGAGAAUGACUUUGGUGACAUGUCAGGGAUGUCGACUCGCUCCUCUGGCACCUCUAAUGGUAUGGCUGGCCUUCAUCACAUGGCUAUGCCUGUCACCAGCCCCCAUGCGAUGGGCUCGUCUAUGUCUCCUUUCUCAACUCCGGAUAAAGAUCUUGGCAUGUUCUCUCCGAUGCCAUUUGGCCGGGAUCCUUCUCAGUCAUUUCAUGAUUUUUCAUUCAUGAAACCAGUCGAUGAAGACGACAGUCUGGGAUUUGAGGACCUAGAAGAGGAGCCGCGGCACAUGGGCUCCUUCCGCCCCCCUGCUGAGCCUCGUCGCACCUACUCCAGAUUCGCUGCCUCUUCCACCACUGUGUCUUCCUCCAUGGCUACCUCCUCGUCCUCCCACCCAGCUCACUCCUCUUCCUUUCUCCCUGCUCCUCUCUCCUCUUCCACCUCUACAGGGUCAGUCAUGGGGCAGGGGGCAAUCCGGAAGCAGCUAGCCCACAGUGCCUCCCUCAGUCUCAAGGAGCAGCAGGCCACUACUGCCCUGCUAGGGGCCGUGUCGGGGUCUUUGGGGGCCCUGGCCCAGUCCGUGCAGCAGCUGGUGGAAUCGCAGCAGGAGUUUGUACGCGACUCCCUGCAGAUGCAGCGAGAGACUGUGAGCGUCCUUCGAGACUUCUCCACCAAUGCCCUGGCUCUCCUGCGGGACAAGGUCAACGGCCACCCACCGCCUUAACUCCCAGUUCACCAACAGAACACAACACACACACGGACCCUACCUGUGAAGUGCUUGCCCGUGGACUGAGAUCAUGUCAUUAAUACUAUUUGCUGAUUCACCUUGAGAAUGAGUAUGCUGCCACUAGUAUAGAGAGUACUGAAUAGCAGGAAGCCCAAAUAAAAUUAUGAAUAUCUUUAUAUACCUGAGAUGAGCUUUCUAACCAGUGACUGGUUUAUUGUUACUUUUGAUUAAAAAGAGCAAUGCAUCCAUGUGUCAUGGUUCCAGAAUUAUGGUAAAUCAUAUUUUUUGUAUUUUUUUUUUUUUACUGAAUGAAACAAGACUGGACAUUGCAAGUAUGUUUGUCAGAGAAAACUUGUGCAAUACUCUAAAAACGCUUUUCGAGUGUAAGCGAACUGUUGAUCUGCUCCUAUUUUGUUUCACAUAGCCUCGUUUGCAGGCUUCCUCUAACAAGUAUGCAAUGACCGGUCAUCCACACACAUUCCAAGCAUAACCAGCCACAUUUAUAGAUUAAUUUGGAUCAAAUUAAUUAAAUGACUAAGAAAAAGAGCAGCACGUACAUGUGGAAAGUAUGAAUGAGAUUUGAUCUGCCAACCUCUGUCAUUACUAUCCAAAAGUUAGGUGGUUUGGUUUUCAAACGGGCAAUAAAUCACACUACAACUACAAGACGACUAAAUAGAAACUGGCCAUAUUUGUAGCAUUUGCACUUCAAUUUAAUGUAUUUUCAUUUUGUAUUGAGUUUAAAUUAUGAGUGUCUAACUUUUUAGAAAAGUUUUGAGUUAUAUUUUGUCAAUGCUGAAGAAAUGUGUUUUUAUGAAAAAGUAACCUUUUUCACUGAACUUCAAUUAACUUUUUGUUUUUCCAGACUGAAUGAUUUUUAAAACAUACUCUAGACUACUGUACUGUAACAUGUAAUGUGUGACUCCUUCAACCAAAUCUUGAGAAUAAAACAACCUGUUUUUAACCUA